AUGGCACUAUCAUAUACCUCCAGCGAAAAGAACAAUACCAUGACAGACACUGCUUCCAUUCAAAGCACAUCGACCAUGUCCAGCCUUAAGGCUCUCCUGCCCAGUAAACGGAACAAGAAGGAAAAGGCUCACUCGCCGAAACCAAAAGAGCCGACGCAAGAGGAACAGGCGCUCAAGAUGGAAGCACGGGCUACUUACAUGUCGAUGAUUCGAUGA